CGGGGGCCGGGAGGAGGAAGGGGAGGAGGCGGAGGCGGGAGCGGUGGCGGCGGUGGUGGUGGCGGCGGCGGCGGCGGCGGUGGCGGUGGCGGAGGGUAGGUUGCGCCAGGGACUGUGUCUGCCGAGCUCCGCGGCUGUGCCUGUGUGAGUGAAGGAGCAGCGCGGGGAGGCAGAGGCGAGCGCGGCCGAGAGCGGCGGCGGGACGUCUCCGGCGGCCGCCUUUCAGCGGCGGUGCUCUGUGUGGGGAAGCAGUGGCAGCGGCAGCAGCGGCAGCGGCGGCAGCAGCAGCAGCAGCAGCAGCAGCGGCGGCCGCCUCUCCGCCGCCGGGGACGCUGAGGCGCGGCUGGUGGCACUGACAUCGGCGGCCCUGCCUCUCCUCCCUCGCCCCCGGCCCUCCCCAUGUGAUCGGUCUUAAUCCCGGCAGUGUGCGCGCGUGGGGCUCCAUUCCGCGGUGCCCGAUCUCCGUGCCGGGGUGGGUGCUCGUGUGUGCGCUUCCCCUCCCCAUCCCCCUUCCCCCAAGAAUAAAAGAAGAACCGAGAGGCGUGCUUAGAAAAUAAAUAAAUAACCACCACACACGCGCAGCCCGGAGCAGAGUCGGCGGGGCUGGCGGCGGCGGCGGAGGAGGAGUGAAGGCGGCGGCGGCGAAGGAGGAGGAGGGACGCGCGGAGAAGGCAGUAACUUUCAAGCCAGCUCAGAGCCCAGACCUCCAGCCAAGCGGUUUGCAGCGCGGCGGCGGCGUUGAGUGUCUGGCCCGCCGGUCCGGUCGGGGUGUGCAGUAGGACGGACGAGCAGCGCGUCGCUGUCCCCCGGCGGCCGGAGAUGUCCGAGCCCAAGGCAAUUGAUCCCAAGUUGUCGACGACCGACAGGGUGGUGAAAGCUGUCCCGUUUCCUCCAAGUCACCGGCUUACGGCAAAAGAAGUGUUUGAUAACGAUGGGAAACCUCGUGUGGAUAUCUUAAAGGCACAUCUCAUGAAGGAGGGCAGGCUGGAAGAGAGUGUUGCAUUGAGAAUAAUCACAGAGGGGGCUUCAAUUCUUCGACAGGAAAAAAAUUUGCUGGAUAUUGAUGCGCCAGUCACAGUUUGCGGGGACAUCCAUGGACAAUUCUUUGACUUGAUGAAGCUCUUUGAAGUGGGCGGAUCUCCUGCCAACACUCGCUACCUCUUCUUAGGGGACUAUGUAGACAGAGGGUACUUCAGUAUCGAAUGUGUGCUGUAUUUGUGGGCUUUGAAAAUUCUUUACCCCAAAACACUGUUUUUACUUCGUGGAAAUCAUGAAUGUAGACAUCUAACAGAGUAUUUCACAUUUAAACAAGAAUGUAAAAUAAAGUAUUCAGAACGCGUAUAUGAUGCCUGCAUGGAUGCCUUUGACUGCCUGCCCCUGGCUGCUCUGAUGAACCAACAGUUCCUAUGUGUACACGGCGGUUUGUCUCCAGAGAUUAACACCUUAGAUGAUAUCAGAAAAUUAGACCGAUUCAAAGAACCACCCGCUUAUGGACCUAUGUGUGAUAUCCUGUGGUCAGACCCCCUGGAGGAUUUUGGAAAUGAGAAGACUCAGGAACAUUUCACUCACAACACAGUCAGGGGGUGUUCAUACUUCUACAGUUACCCGGCUGUAUGUGAAUUCUUACAGCACAAUAACUUGUUAUCUAUACUCCGAGCCCAUGAAGCGCAAGACGCAGGGUACCGCAUGUACAGGAAAAGCCAAACAACAGGCUUCCCUUCUCUCAUUACAAUUUUUUCAGCACCAAAUUACUUAGAUGUAUACAAUAACAAAGCUGCAGUAUUGAAGUAUGAGAACAAUGUCAUGAAUAUCAGGCAAUUCAACUGUUCUCCUCAUCCAUACUGGCUUCCCAAUUUCAUGGAUGUUUUCACUUGGUCCCUGCCAUUUGUUGGGGAAAAAGUGACUGAGAUGCUGGUAAAUGUCCUCAACAUCUGCUCAGAUGAUGAACUGGGGUCAGAGGAAGAUGGAUUUGAUGGUGCAACGGCUGCAGCCCGCAAGGAAGUGAUACGGAACAAGAUACGAGCGAUCGGCAAGAUGGCCAGAGUGUUCUCCGUGCUCAGAGAAGAGAGUGAGAGUGUGCUGACGCUGAAAGGCCUGACGCCCACGGGCAUGCUCCCCAGUGGAGUGCUCUCUGGAGGGAAGCAAACCCUGCAAAGCGCUACUGUUGAGGCUAUUGAGGCUGAUGAAGCUAUCAAAGGAUUUUCACCACAACAUAAGAUCACUAGCUUCGAGGAGGCCAAGGGCUUAGAUCGAAUUAACGAGAGGAUGCCACCUCGCAGAGAUGCCAUGCCCUCUGACACCAACCUUAACUCCAUCAACAAGACUCUCGCCUCAGAGACUAACGGCACGGACAGCAAUGGCAGUAAUAGCAGCAAUAUCCAGUGACCACUUCCUGUUCACUUUUUUUUUUUUUUUUGGGAGCUGCAGGGCGUGAUGGGAUUGCUGCAUAUCAGCAGUUGGAUGUUCUUGCCUCUGAUGGUAGCUUACUUGCUCUGGGGCCAGGAGUUGGAUUCAGUUUACACUAUCAUUAGAAAAGAGGGAGAGAGAUAAUAAACUAUAUUUUGGUGAGGGUUAUGAUUAAACACCUCUUUUGGGUAUGCCUUUUAAAAAUGCUUAUAGGAAAAACAAUUUAAAAAGAAAGCUAAUGCUAGUAUAUACUGCAAUGUUAGGGGAAUGAACAUGUUUUCCUACUGCAUCGGGGACUUCUAGAUAGGUUAAUGAGAGGUCUUUUAUUAUGUUACUGGACACGAAAACUUUGUCUAAUUUCUUACUCUAUUGUACGUUUACAGUUGCAGCACUAAAAAUGGAUGACAUCAAACAUUUUUAACAAAAUGAUGUACAAACUAAAUAAGGACUAUUUAUUGAUAAUGUUUUGCUACUCUUGUCAGACAAUGGCUAUAAAAUGAAUUAGGCAGUCUUAAAAAAAAAAAAAAAAGCAGAAAAAGAAAAAAAAAAAGAA